CCACAGCCACAGCCACAGCCACAGCCACAGUCGUCGCGGUCAUGGUCAUCAUCGUCAUGGCAGGGAUGCUCAUCACAACUCGUCAUCGUCGUCGCGGAGCUAUCCUCCUCCGCCCGGAAUGGGUCCGGCUGGAGGCCCGCCGGGUGGUGAUGGUGGUGGCAACUCUGGUCCCGGACAGGGACAGGUUAGCGGAGGCGCAUUCUCAGGGCCGCUUGCGGGCCGCUUGUCACACGGUGGCUACCGCCCGCCGCCGCCGCCGCGGUCAGCCGGUGGCUAUCCACGGAGCAGUGGAGGGAACCGGUCGAGCAACCACGGGCAUGGGCCACCUGGCCACGGCCACAGCCACGGGCCGGGACACUCGCACUCGCAUCGCCACUCGCUCGGCCAUGGGUCAGAGCGCGACAUGGACGUCGUCCACGGUGGAAGUAGCCAGUCUGCCCAGCAUCCGUCAGCCUCGUACUACGGGCAGGGCUCGCGCUCGCAUCACCGUCCUGGCGGCUACGACCGCGGCGACAGGAUCGACGAGCGCGGCGGCGACCGCAACCGGGCUGGGGAUCGCGACCGCGAUCGGGCCGGCGAUCGUAGCGAUCGUGACCGGGCUGGCUACGACCGCGGCUCGCGGCACCACAACUCGCACCACCACUCACAUCACCACACUCCAUCAUCGCACCAUCGCACCGGUGGUCCGUCAGGCUCGUCGUUGGCGCCACCGGCACCGACAGCACCACCACCGUCGCUCGUCCCGGGCGACCGCGGAGAUCGCCCCGGACCCGUCCGCAGCUACCCACCACCGCCGCCGCCACCGGCUGGGCCACGCCCAGCCCAGGCGAGCUACCCGCGAACAUGGGAACGGCCCGGUGACCGCGGGCGCGAAGGCCACGACCGCGACCGUGGACGCGACCGGGCAAGCGGAGAAUGGAACCGAGACCGGGACCGCGAUCGGGACCGCGACCGUGACCGUGACCGCGAACGUGACCCGCGGCCCCUGGCUGCGCCCAGCGGCGCAUAUCCUCCACCGCCGAUGGCAGAGCGCCCGCCGCAGGCAGAACGCCCGCCGCAGGCAGAGCGCCUGCCGCAGGCAGAGCGCCUGCCGCAGGCAGCACCGUCGCCAAGUGUCUCGGCCACUCUCCCGCCGUCGUCGCUCGGCACACCGCCGGCGGCGCCAGUCAGCUCCCCGUCACUCAAGCGUGCUGCGACCGAAGAGGCGGCCACGAGCGAGACGUCGUCGCCGGGUGUCGGUCCCCCGGCAGCCAAGCGGGCACGCCCGCUGCCGGAGCCGCAGCCAGUGGACCAACCAGAGCUUCCGACCAAGACCCAGCUCACCAUUGCCAUCGAGAAGCUGGAUCUCGAGGUGGCCAAGGUCGAGUUCGAGCUGACCAAGCUGGCGACCAAGGCCAAGCGCGAACACAAGCUUGUGGCCGCCGCAGCAGCCAAGCUCGAGGAGCAGGCAGCGGAAGUGGCCGCAGCAAAGGUGGCCGCCGCAGCGGCAGCAGCAGCAGCGGCAGCUGGUGGCUCCAAGAACGAGGCUGCUGCUGCAGAGGCGGCAGCUGUCAUGGAUGAGGUCGCAGACGCUAGGACUUCCGGGCGAGUGCCGAUGCUGCCGCGACUGGAGCAGCUUCCGGACGACGGCCCGCUCGGCUCACUCGGGGUGGUGAAGGACGUGCUGAGCUCGAACCGUGCGGCAGCGACCUCGGCACACAACGAAGUCACGUCGGUGCUUCCGCCGGCGGUUCGGACCGCGCUCUCUCUUGACGAGCCACAGCUGGGCAUGACAGUCAACUGCCGGCCGCUGUAUACGUCGCCGGCUGAGCUAGCCUGCGUCGACGACUCGGCAACCCGGCACGUGGUCAUGGGCCCGCGGGUCAAGGCCAAGCUUGCCAAGGCACUCGCAGCGCGACACGCCAAGCGCCUGGAGGCGGCCGAGCAGUACAGCGAGCUCGAGAAGCAGUAUGCGCGAAAGACAGCGCUCCUCGCACGGAUGUCGGGCAACUCGAGCCGGCGACGGACAACGUCCAAGACGCUGUUCACCACCCCACUGGGCCUCGCAGCCAACCCCGGGACCCCGAUUUCCGGACGUGACUCGGCAAGAUCGGACGCAGAGUUUGCGGCGAUCCUUGCGCGGCUCGAGGCCGAGGCGCUGGUCUCAACCAACGCCGACGGCAGGCCGGUCUCGGUCCACGCCGAGCUGCCAGACAUGAUCCGGUUCCGGACGGACCGGCGGUCGUGCCUGGAGACGCCGAUCUUCAUCGACAACAACGGGCGAAUGCACGACGUGGCCCGGACCGACGCGUUUGUGGCGGCGGCCAACCCGUGGACUCGCCAGGAGAUGUUCAUUUACGUCCAAAAGUUUCUCAUGUACCCGAAGCAGUUUGACAAGAUCGCUGCGUUCCUGCCUGCCAAAUCGCGCGGCGACUGCGUCGCCUUUUACUUCCAGCACGGCCAUGUCGUCCAGCUCAAGCGCUUGCUCGACAAGUCGCAGCGUUCGCUCCCGCAGCUCUUUGCUUCCAAAGACCUCGCCGCCCAGAUGAGCUUGCUCGAAGAGUCGAGUAAGCUCAUCGAAGACGGCGGCCGCCGCGGAACCGGCUCAUACUCGUUCGCCUCGGCGCCCGCGCCCCCAUAA